GAUCAUCCCAUCAUACCCUUGUAGAUAUAACACACCUAGUUAGUGACGAAGAAGUCCCCUGUUGAUAUACGAUCGCUUUUGAUCUCCGUAAAUUAGUAGAUGGUUUCACUCAAUUCGGUUGAAACAUUCACCCGAUCGUCGGUAAUUGAAUCUACUUGUGUUAAUUUCAGUGACUUGAUUAGUAUUACAUUUAAUUGAAUUGAGUUAGGGUUUAGUGAAGUUGGUAAGAUGGUGUUGGUAUUGGCAAUUGGGGAUUUGCAUAUUCCACAUAGGGCACCUGAUCUUCCUGCAAAGUUCAAAUCUAUGCUUGUUCCUGGAAAGAUUCAGCAUAUUAUUUGCACUGGUAAUUUGUGUAUCAAAGAAGUUCAUGAUUAUUUGAAGAGCCUAUGUCCAAGUUUGCAUAUAACGCGAGGUGAAUAUGACGAAGAUUCUCGUUAUCCAGAGACCAAAGUUAUUACUAUUGGUCAAUUCAAACUUGGAUUGUGUCAUGGUCAUCAGGUAGUCCCAUGGGGGGAUUUGGACUCAUUAGCGAUGCUACAGAGACAACUGGAUGUUGACAUCCUGGUUACAGGUCAUACUCAUCAGUUCAAGGCGUACAAACACGAGGCUGGUGUGGUCAUAAACCCUGGUUCAGCCACUGGUGCAUACAGCAGCAUCACGUACGAUGUGAACCCAAGUUUUGUUCUCAUGGACAUUGACGGUUUACGUGUUGUUGUCUAUGUUUAUGAACUCAUCGAUGGAGAAGUAAAAGUCGACAAGAUCGAUUUCAAGAAAACAUCCACCGCCACUUUAUAAUAAGGUAACUCAUUCAAGUUUGUACCUUUUUUUGUUUGGUGUAUGUGAGCUGUUUGUUCCUUUUGUAAGGAUUUUUAAAAGUUGUAAAUGAUUGAUCAUUAUCUUAUUUUGAUUUUCUUUGGUUGUUUUUAA